AUGGCAGGGAGAGGAGGAGGAGGAAAAAAGGAAACACUUCAACAAAGGGAAGAAAAGGCCAAGAUAACGAGCCGAGGCCCAAUGAACACAAGACCAUAUGAAUUAGCGCCCCCCAAUGUCCAAAAGCAGAGACUUUCUGCCCUUCCUGCGUUCACAUCAUUUUCUAAAAAUAUAUUAGCAGGGAGGCCAUUAGAUCAAGGAGCAGAGAAAAAUCUUAUAAUUCAAUCUAUUCAAAGGGCUCCAACACCACCUGAGGGGCCGUUUGCAUCCAAUCCAUGCAAAUAUGUUCCUGGAAGCAGUAGGUGCCAGCCAG